GAACGCCGGCGUCGGUCUCGCUAGGAGGAGCGCGCCCGGCCGCAUAUAAUCCGGCUCGCUGACGUCACGAAGUUACCUGACAGGUCCACGUGGCUUCUCCGCGAGCUCCGCAGCCUCUCCUGACACAGCGGCACGGAACAGUCGUUGCACAGACCGGGUUCAGGCGGCCGGGGCAGCUGACGCGAAAUCCAGAAUGCAGGUUUAUUUGGCAGUGCUGCUACUAGCCGCCACGGCGGUGCUAGGAGAUGAUGCGAGCACACCCGCACCGCCGACUGGCAAUCAGCAACAGCAGCAGCAACAACAGCAACAGCAGUUUUACCAGCCGCCCGACCCAGAGCUGGUGAAGACGCACCUGCAGAAGCUGUUCGAUGAGCAGCUGGACACGGACAAGGACCAGUACGCGACAGCGGCCGAGCUCAAGGCCUACCUGAAGAAGUUCCACAGCCGCCUGAUCGACGACAGCAUCGACAAGCAGUGGCUCUACUUCGACAAGGACAUGGAGGAGAAGCAGCCGGGAGUCAAGGUCCUCAAGUGGGACACCUACCGCAAGCUCUCCUUCCCCGACAAAGACCUGGAGGAGAAGGGGGAAGAUGGAGCCACCGGCCGCCAGAUGCUAGAGCGCACAGAGCGCCGCUGGAAGCUGGCCGACGCGGACGGCGACGGUGCCCUGGACAAGUCCGAGUUCAAGAGCUUCCUGCAUCCGGAGGAGGAUGACCGCGUGCGCCACGUGGUGGUGCUCGAGGCCACCGAGAUGAUGGACUCUGACAAGAGUGGGGAGGUUUCCUUCGAGGAGUACAUGCAGCAUCUGCGUAAGGUCUCUGGGCCGGAGAAGGACAAGGACAAGGACUGGUCACAGGCCCAGCAAAGCCACUUCUCCACCUACCUGGACAAGGACAAGGACGGUGCCCUGAACAUGGACGAGAUGAGGGACUGGGUGCUGCCCAGCCACGACCGGGAAGAAGGCGAGGCCUGGAGGCUCAUCUCUGUCGGGGACAUUAACCAGGACACUAAGCUGACCAGGGAGGAACUGGCUGCUGCCCCAGACUACUUCAUGGGCAUCCUGCCCCACGAGUUCUGGCAGCAGCAGGGACAUGCCGGCGGCGUCAAGCACGACGAGUUCUAGGCCUUCCCGGCAGCUAGGACCUUCCGAGCGAGGCAUGCAGGCCUUUGAUGGUGGCUGGCUUGUGCACCUUGCUCUAUCUCCAGAAAGACUCCAUUUUGUGUCGCAUGCGUGCGAUACAUUUUUCACCCAUCACCGUUUUGGGUUGUACGUUUUUUUAUGAGUUUUCGACGAGUGCCUCACUUCUGGGAUCUAUGCAAUCUAUGUAAUUUGGCAAGUUUUUGUUUCGAUGAUUGAACAAACAUUUUUGCUGUUGUACUGACCACGCGGUACAUAUUUUGCGACGAUUCGCCAUUAAGUUAUUUUUAAAGAAGCCUGCACGAUACUCGACGCCAUCCCGUCCAGUUGAGGCACUAGCCGUUUGUGUGUGGUCACACCGGCAUAAUUUAUUUCACCGCCCACAUCGUUUUGAUGUCUUUCUUUCAUAUAAAAGACCAAUAAAAUGUCUGCCCACAUUUGA